AUGAGCGGGUUACGCGAGUUCAUCAGAAGUCUUUUGUUUCGACCUCCUGUCAGAGGGGAGGCCAUUCCUGAACCCGAGGCACUACUUGAAGUUACAAUGGACGAGCUGGCGGAAACGAUGCGGAACUCCAUGAAAAUUGACUUGGACCUGGAACAUGUGGAAUCAAAGGGAGCCCAGUCCGAUGAGGCCACCAGCGACUACGGUGGUUCCGUAAUGACAAGUGUCAGCGCGAGAUCUGAUGCUGCCAUCUUGACGAGCAACACUGCGGAUUCUGUGCCAGCGUUUCAGCUCCAAGUCCAAUCUCCUACGCUCUACCUGCAGGGCUGCGACCUUUUCAACCCGGAAGUGGUACCCGUCGUUGAAGAGCAAAUGAGAGAAGACCAAGCAGAUGUGAUCCAAGCGCCAGAAAUCCAACAGAAUCAGCGAUACCUUGCUACAUCGUAUCGCAAUAGAUCGAAUUGGACCGCCAGCCAUGGCACAGGUGCUUCCGACUUCGAGACGUGCCUAAAAAUGUUCAACGACAUGCGCGGAGAUCUACAGCUGGCCAUUGGGGCGAGGGCGACGUCAUCCAACCAAAUCAACGAAGAGCUGGAGCGCUUUGACGAGAUGUGCGACACCCUUCUGCGCGCGAAAUUCGAGAAGGGAAUACCGCAAGCUGGAAACUCGGCU